CUUUGGCAGAGCACUCAAACUACUUAAAACGGCUGCGGCUGAAUAUUGGCCAACAACCGAUUAUUUCUCCAUUUAUCGCAAUACAUCACAAUUGGCUAACACUUGCGUAGCAUUAAACCUUGCGAUGUCACGGUUAAAGUACCCGUCGUGGUCUCGGGGAAGCGGCUUUGCCUCUACGUUAAGGCAAUUAUCGUCCCGGGCGCGGAUGAUGAGAAGGUGGUGGUUUACGCUUACGAAAAGUAUGCCAAACGGUUGGCUGAGCUUGAAAACUCUAGCAUUAUUGAGGCUACUAUUUGGUGUAUAGCUGGUGAGGUUUUUGCUAAACAGUUGGCUAAGCUUGAAAACUCUUACAUCGUCGAGGCCGCCAUUCGCUGUGCAGCUUGUGAGGCUUUUCUAAUUCAGAACGGUGAUAUUCCCGAUAUGGAAGCAGUUAAUAAGGAACUUGAGGCAAAAGUUAAGGAGCCUUUAUCCAACUUCGGGUUGAGGAUUAUGAAAAUCCAUGCGGACUUGCGUCUAUGCAUCAGUCAGCCAGCUAGCGCUGUCUCCCAUGCCCCGGACUCCAAGGAUUGGGGGGGAAACGGCGCCGACGUUGGUAGCCAAGAGGCUGGAAAAGACGUGGUAAUACCGCGUAGGGAAAAGAUUACAGAGGCGGUGCUUAAAGUUGCAGCCGGAAAUGAAAUAAAUGGGCAGGAAGUGCUGGCAGCGCUUCUCGAUGCUGAACAGAAUGUAAAAAUAACUGACGUGGUAAUUGAGGCUGCUGCAGCGAAUAGGGGGAAUGGGAAAGAAGUGAUGGAUCUACUGCUUAUGAAGCGUGGAGGAGAUGUGAAGAUUACAGAGGCGGUGCUUAAAGCUGCUGCAGCGAAUGAUGUAAGCGGCAGAGAAGUAAUGACUCUACUGCUUGAGAAGUGUGGAUAAGCGGUGGACGGUAUAAGGAUUAAAGAAACGGAACGAAGUGCUAACACUUCUGUUUGAGAUGCAGAAGCGUAAGCUCGUCGAGUGAAAUAUUUAGUAUCAUUACUAAAGUGACUUUUUGUACGGUUAAAUUAGGUGUUACUGUAGGUCUCUCCUGAGACCGUCGAAAGGGAAAUUUGGCUGUGUGGAAUGCUG